CGCGAGACUUGGUGUGUUGUGGAACAGCUGACGGUGCGGAGGGUGGUGCGAGGGUUUUGCUAGAAGAGUUACAAACCUGAUAGUGGGAAAUAAUCGACACACAGCUUCUUGAAUAUAAGUACUGUUUAGGCACUGGUAAUACUUUACACCACAACAUGGCUGAGACGGAUCCCAAGUCGGUGCAGGACCUCACUAACGUGGUCCAGACACUGCUGCAACAGAUGCAGGACAAGUUCCAGACCAUGUCAGACCAGAUCAUCGGGAGGAUCGAUGAGAUGAGCACGCGCAUUGAUGACUUGGAGAAAAACAUCGCCGACCUGAUGACCCAGGCUGGUGUCGAAGAGAUCGAGGCAGCGCCGGAAAAGGCUAAAGAGGGUCAAGGCUCAUAAUGAAGGUUUGGUGUGAAGUCGAUCCUAUAUUCAGGAGCAGCAGACUUUUCCAUUCUGAUAAUGACUUCUUUUGAUUUGGUGUGUCGUUCUGUGAAAUGCUUUUUUAUAUAUUGAAUAUUGUGAUAAACGGUUACAGUUAAGUAAUGACUUGAAAAGUUGAACGUUAUUUGUAAGCUAGAAUAGUGUGAUGAACUGUAAAUGCUCGUGUGCAGGAAUGCAACUUAAGGAUUUUUUGCGCGGCAACCCGGAGGUUAUUUCGCCGCCAUCAUAUAUCAUAGUUAAUUAAAUCCCAUGAGGCGAUGGGGACAGUUUUGCUCUAGCCUGCGCUGAGAAGUAGAACCCGCAGGCUAACAGGCCGUUGGAACCUCCAUCCCUAUCAACAUGGGAAAUGGGCAUCUGAGGCCUGUAGUGUUUUACAAACCGCACUGUUACUACCAAGGUGUGGGAUGCAUUCCAAUUUCAACUGAUUUUUCUUCUAUUAAAGCUAUUUAAUACAAUGCUGUCUGUCAUGUAUUACAUAAUAAAUAUUUGGCCAGGUGCUGAGUGAAUUUUUAGAAAUAUAAAUAACUCCAAGGUG